CUCUUCGAUUAUAGCGAAGACUUCCCAAACAAACUUGUCGUCCUUCUUGGCCCAUUAAAAAGUAUGGCAGAAAUCUCUGGAAAAGUGUUGGCAAUAUCUUUAACAGUUAGCUUUAUGUUUGGAACAGUAGUGGGCUAUAGGAGCAAUACGAUAUACAGGCAGUAUCUACAGAACAAACGAGAUCGUCUCAGGAGGAAAGCUGUCGAGAUACAGACGAAAUUGAAUGUGUCGUAAGAAAGUGCAAAAUAAUCCAGCAGGAAUGUCUUCCAAUGAGGUUAAUGGCGUGGGUGUGAUUCCAGUCGUCUUGGUACAUGGGGGUGCAUGGGCGAUCCCUGAUGAUCUAGUUGAGGAUAGUAAAGCAGGGGUGCAGAAUGCAGCAAGGGCUGGGUACAGAACCCUGGAGGAGGCAGGAGGGACUGCCUUAGAUGCUGUAGUGGCUGCAGUAUGUGUCUUAGAAGAUGAUCCAGCAUUUGAUGCGGGUACGGGUUCGGUGCUGAAUGAAGAGGGUGAGGUGGAGAUGGACUCUGUUGUCAUGGAGGGACGGGAGCUGAAAGCAGGGUCCAUCGCUUGCGUCAAAAACAUUAAAAAUCCUGUCAAACUGGCAAGACUAGUCUUGGAAAAGACAGAUCACACUAUGCUUGUCGGCGAGGGAGCCAAUAAGUUUGCAAAAGCCAUGGGGAUGGAUGAGGUACCGAUGUCUACUCUUAUAAACGCCAAGGCCAUGGAAGAUUUCCAGAACUUUAAGAAAUUUAGAAAGGUUGUGGAUCAUUGUUUUCACUCAAGAUCUUCAGGCCACGAUACAGUGGGUGCAGUAGCCGUUGACAGACACGGUAAUGUAGCAUGUGCCACAUCUACUGGAGGAAUCUCAGCUAAAAUGGUUGGCAGAGUCGGUGACAGUCCUAUCAUUGGAAGUGGUGCAUACUGUGAUAAUGCGUCAGGAGCUGCAUCCACCACAGGUCAUGGAGAGUCCAUUGUUAAAGUCACAUUGGCAAGGCAGGUCUUGUACAACAUGCAAAAUGGUGACAACGCCCAGCAAGCUGCCGAAAGAGCCAUCUCAUACAUGUCAAGCAGGGUGAACGGCUCAGGAGGAACUAUUGCAGUGAGCAAAACGGGUGACAUCGGGAUUAGCUUUAGUACAGAGCGUAUGGCCUGGGCUUGGGCUAAGAGUGGUUCCAUGCAUUUCGGUAUAAAUCCAGAGGAAGAUUUCACUGUCACCAGUUAAUUUUUUUUGAAAUCACGAAAUAAAUACAACACAAAUACUCACAAUAAGAACAAUAAGUGUAAAAUUUAUAAAUACAAAAUUUAUAUUUAUUGUUUUUUUAUGGACGGCAGCUGAACAACUAUAUAAAAAAAAAAAAAAGUAAAUGGACAUUUUACUUCAUGACUUUUAAAACUGUAUUUAAAAUACUAAGUAAAAAAUGCUGUAUAAUAAUAAUAAUAAUAAUAAUAACAAAUUCUUAAUUACCGCAUUUCACAAUAAAC